GUUUUGCAAAGGACUUCACCGAUCUACUUUUGCAAUCGCCUCGGACUGUCCAUGUGUUUACUUCCCCCAGCCCGAGGAUUCGAUAUCUAGGUUCCUGUGAAAUGCAACUGAGCAGCCAAAGUACUUUGAGAACACGGGGCGGCAUAAACACCAAAACUUUUUUGUGGAAGGAAAAUGCAAUAAGCAAGCUUGCCGUUUUCCGAUGCGGUGUGGAGUGAGUGUGUGUCGCGCGUGUCCGCACUGGAGGCAUAUGCUUGUGUGUGUACAUGGGGUGUGUUUUUCGGUACGUAGGGAGAAAAUGCUUGCCAACCACCGGAAACCUCCUGGAAUUUAUUAGAAAAUAAUGGAUUAUAAAAAGAAGGCAGGCGAGGAGCGGAUCUCCCCUGGAGUUGCAACCCGAUUUGCUGCUGGCUCAGUUUGUUGUGAUUCUUUUUGUUGAUAGGUGUCUGAUGGUAUUCCGAUAACACCCCCUCUUUUUUUUUCCCUCGAGCUUUACAGUUAAAAAAAAAAAGGAAACAAAAACCACCCCAAAAUUUCACCCCCCCUUUUUUUUCCGCCCCGUCGGGAUCGCUGUUUCCAUCCAUGUGCUUGCGUCUCCCCCGCGUUCCACUUAAACUAUUUUAAUCCUUGGACCCAAGCAGGAGGCUGAUAGGGGGGGCUGGGGGGGGUGGAUAAAAAAAGUUCUUCCAAAAUAGUGUGCCCGGGGAGCAGGAUGGGGGAUUUCGCAGCCCCCACUGCUGCCGCGAAUGGCAGUAGUAUUUGCAUCAACAGUAGCCUGAACAGCAGCCUCGGCGGGGCCGGCAUCGGUGUGAAUACUACUCCCAAUAGUACUCCCGCUGCUCCGAGCAGCAAUCACCCCGCUGCCGGCGGCGGCGGCGGCGGCUCCGGGGGCCCCGGCGGCGGCUCGGCGGCCGUUCCCAAGCACAGCACGGUGGUGGAGCGGCUCCGCCAGCGCAUCGAGGGCUGCCGGCGGCACCACGUCAACUGCGAGAACAGGUAUCAGCAGGCUCAGGUGGAGCAGCUGGAGCUCGAGCGCCGGGACACCGUGAGCCUCUACCAGCGGACCCUGGAACAGAGGGCCAAGAAAUCGGGCGGCGGCGGCGGCAAGCAGCAGCACCCGAGCAAACCCCAGCAAGAUGCGGAGGCUGCCUCGGCCGAGCAGAGGAACCACACGCUGAUCAUGCUACAAGAGACUGUGAAAAGGAAGUUGGAAGGAGCCCGAUCACCACUUAAUGGAGACCAGCAGAAUGGUGCGUGUGAUGGGGGGUUUUCUCCGACGAGUAAGCGAAUCCGUAAGGACAUUCCUGCCGGGAUGGACGCCAUCAACAGUUUGCCCAAUAACAUGCCACUGCCUUCAGUUUCUCCUCUUCACCAACUUGACUUGAAGCCUUCUUUGCCCUUGCAGAAUAGUGGGGCUCACGCCCCAGGGCUUCUAGAAGACCUGGGUAAGAAUGGUAGACUUGCUGAAAUUAAACUUCCGGUGAAUGGUUACAAUGACUUGGAAGAUAGCUUCACCGUCUUGCAGAGCAAAGACCUCAAACAAGAACCUUUGGAUGACCCUACUUGCAUAGACACAUCCGAAACCUCCCUUUCCAAUCAGAACAAGCUGUUCUCCGACAUUAACCUGAAUGAUCAGGAGUGGCAAGAGUUAAUAGAUGAGCUGGCUAACACAGUCCCCGAAGAUGACAUACAGGACCUGUUCAAUGAAGACUUUGACGAGAAGAAGGAGCCGGAAUUCUCCCGGCCAGCCGCCGAGACCCCUCUCUCCCAAGAGGGUGCCAGUGUGAAGAGUGACCCCUCCCACUCUCCUUUUGCACACGUCUCCUUGGGAUCGCCCCAGACCAGGCCUUCUUCCUCCGGUCCUCCCUUUUCUACCGUCUCCACGGCCACCAACUUACCUUCUGUCGCCAGCACUCCCGCAGCUGCAAACCCCACCAGCUCACCAGCAAACUGUGCUGUCCAGUCCCCCCAAACUCCAAACCAAGCCCACACUCCAGGCCAAGCGCCCCCACGGCCCGGAAGUGGUUAUCUUCUUAACCCGGCGGCAGUGACCGUGGCAGGUUCCGGGUCGGGCUCUGUGGCUGUGCCCAGCUCUGACAUGUCCCCAGCCGAGCAGCUCAAGCAGAUGGCUGUGCAGCAACAACAGCGGGCCAAACUCAUGCAGCAGAAGCAACAGCAGCAGCAGCAGCAACAACAGCAGCAGCAGCAACAACAACAACAGCAGCAACAACAGCAGCAACACUCAAAUCAAACUUCAAGUUGGUCUCCCUUAGGCCCUCCAUCUAGUCCAUACGGAGCAACCUUCGCUGCUGAGAAACCAAAUAGCCCAAUGAUGUACCCCCAAGCCUUUAACAACCAAAACCCUGUAGUGCCUUCAAUGGCAAACAACCUGCAGAAGACGACAAUGAAUAACUACCUCCCUCAGAACCAUAUGAACAUGAUCAAUCCGCAGCCAAAUAACCUGGGUGCAAACUCUUUAAACAAACAGCACAACAUUCUUACUUACGGCAACACGAAGCCUCUGACCCAUUUUAAUGCAGACUUGAGUCAGAGAAUGACGCCGCCAAUGGCCAACCCCAGCAAAAACCCCUUGAUGCCGUAUCUUCAGCAGCAGCAGCAGCAGCAGCAACAGCAGCAGCCGACAGCACCUCCACCGCACCUCCAGGCUCCCAGGGCACACCUGAGCGAGGAGCAGAAGCGCAUGCUUCUCAUGAAGCAGAAAGGUGUGAUGAAUCAGCCCAUGGCCUACGCUGCGCUUCCAGCCCACGGUCAGGAGCAGCACCCAGUGGGGCUUCCCAGGACUGCAGGCCCCCUGCAGCCCCCGGUGCCCCCAGGCUCGGGCGGCAUGGUCUCUGGAGCCAGCCCUGCAGGCCCCGGUUUCCUGAGCAGCCAGCCGCAGGCAGCCAUCAUGAAGCAGAUGCUCAUUGAUCAGCGGGCCCAGCUGAUGGAGCAGCAGAAGCAGCAGUUCCUGCGGGAGCAGAGGCAGCAGCAGCAGCAACAGCAGCUCCUGGCUGAGCAGCUGCAGCAAUCGCACUUACCUCGACAGCACCUCCAACAGCAGCGGAACCCGUACCCGGUGCAGCAGGUCAAUCAGUUUCAAGGCGCCCCCCAAGACAUCGCGGUCGCGAGAAACCAGGCCGCCGCCCUCCAGAGCAUGCGGACUUCGCGGUUGAUGGCACAGAACGCAAGCAUGCUGGGCAUGGCGCCCGCACAGAACCCGGGGGCGAUGGCCACGGCAGCAGCCCAGACAGAGAUGGGGCUGGCCGCUUACAGCAGCACGCCGGGCAGCCAGCCAGGAAUGUACAACAUGAGCACAGGAAUGGCUCCGAUGUUGCAGCACCCAAACCAAACUGGCUUGAGCAUCACCCACAGCCAGGCCCAGGGGCCCAGGCAGCCCGCCUCGGGGCCGGGGGUCGCCAUGGUGAGUGGUUUUGGUCAGAGCAUGCUGGUGAACGCGGGCAUGGCCCAGCCACACCCACAGAUGAAAGGGCCGGUGAGCCAGGCCUUGGCAAGGCCCCAAGGCCCUCCCAGGCUUCAGAGCCUCGUGGGAACGGCCCAGCAAGCAGCACAUGGCUGGCAGCAGAGGAGCUUGCAGACGAUGCCUGGGAGGACUAGUGGAGAGCUGGGACCCUUCAACAAUGGCGCCAGCUACCCGCUUCCAGCUGGGCAGCCGAGACUGACCAAGCAACACUUCCCCCAGGGCCUCAGCCAGGCCGUGGUGGACUCCAACACCGGCGCAGUGAGACCCCUCAACCCGGCUGCCAUGGGGCGGCAGAUGAUGCCCACGCUCCCAGGGCAGCAAGGCGCCGGCCAGGCGAGACCAAUGGUCAUGUCCAGUAUAAGCCAGGGCGUCCCCGGCAUGCCGGGCUUCAGCCAGCCCCCUGCCCAGCAGCAGCAGAUGCCCAGUGGCGGCUUUGCGCCAGGCACACCAAGCCAGGCCUAUGACCGGAACCCCCCGCAGGACAUGUCCUACAACUAUGGCGAGGGCGCCGGGGCCUCCUUCCCCGGCCUCCCGGACAGUGCUGACCUGGUGGACUCCAUUAUCAAAGGUGGGCCAGGCGAUGAGUGGAUGCAGGAGCUGGACGAAUUAUUCGGAAACCCCUAGUUGGGGGUGGGGGACAGCCCCACCCCCACCCCCACCGUGAACCACGACUCUAGUGGUUACCAUUUUUCAAAGUGAAAAGAAAAAUUAAAAAAACAGGAUGUUGACCUAUCCGUGUUUUUUUUUUUUUUAAACCCACAUAAACUGAGCAAAACUGCAAGUGGCCGGCAACGGGAAGCCCCCAGUGGUGAUGAGCUUUGCCAGUGGGCCUCAAACCACCGGAUUUUCACACCACAGUCAAGAUGCUAUGCAGACUUCCAAUGGAAGGAGGGGCAGUGGGGACACUGAGGGACAGCUGGGGAGACUGAGCCCCAGUCCCCACCCCAGCAGCCCCUGGAAUCACCUGGCCCAGCAAGAGCUGCUCAAGUCAAGAGGGACUGUUGGCCCAAGUGAGGCAUCAGCCAGCCCCUCUGCCCCUGGCCAGGUGGGACGCACCACAGACGAGGCCUGGAGCCAGGGAGUCACCUGCAGAAGCCAGGGAGACACUCUACUGGGUGAUGGCCCAGGCCGAGAGUGCACUCGGAUGGAAAGAGAGGCAAGGCUUCAAGACAAGACAGGCCCCGGUGUUUGAAGGGUAUGCAAGCCCCAGGGUAGCAUCAAAGGAAUCGGACAAAGGAUUCCUGCCCGCCUCCUGCCCAGGAUGACCCUCGGGAACUGUCGAGACCUGGCUCUCAGCUGUCUCCUGAGGAUGGCCACCUGAGCCUGAAGGAGUGUCCACCCGCCGUCCUGGCCAGAGAGGGUAGCCCUCUGAUGGUGACCAGCCAUGGCCACCACUCCAGGCAGAGGGACUGGAGCCCCAGCAGGCUGGGUCCGGCCACACAGCCACAGUAAAGCUGUGGGCAGGGUGGAGAG